AUGGCGGCCGAGAUCCACUCCAGGCCGCAGAGCAGCCGCCCGGUGCUGCUGAGCAAGAUCGAGGGGCACCAGGACACCGUCACGGCCGCGCUGCUCAUCCCCAAGGAGGACGGAGUGAUCACGGCCAGCGAGGACAGGACUAUCCGAGUAUGGCUGAAAAGAGACAGCGGUCAGUACUGGCCCAGCAUUUACCACACAAUGGCCUCUCCCUGCUCUGCUAUGGCUUACCAUCAUGAUAGCAGACGGAUAUUUGUGGGCCAGGAUAAUGGAGCCGUGAUGGAAUUUCACGUUUCUGAAGAUUUUAAUAAGAUGAACUUUAUCAAGACCUACCCAGCUCAUCAGAACCGGGUGACGGCGAUCAUCUUCAGCCUGGCCACCGAGUGGGUGAUCAGCACUGGCCACGACAAGUGCGUCAGCUGGAUGUGCACCCGCAGCGGGAACAUGCUCGGGAGGCACUUCUUCUCUUCCUGGGCCUCGUGUCUGCAAUAUGACUUUGAUACUCAAUAUGCGUUUGUCGGCGAUUACUCUGGACAGAUCACCCUGCUGAAACUUGAACAGAGCACCUGUUCAGUUAUUACCACCCUUAAAGGACAUGAAGGGAGCAUCGCCUGCCUCUGGUGGGACCCUGUUCAACGGUUACUCUUCUCAGGAGCGUCCGACAACAGCAUCAUCAUGUGGGACAUCGGGGGCAGGAAGGGCCGCACGCUCCUGCUCCAGGGCCACCAUGACAAGGUGCAGGCCCUGUGCUACCUUCAGCUCACGCGGCAGCUGGUCUCCUGUUCCUCGGAUGGUGGAAUUGCAGUGUGGAACAUGGACGUUAGCAGAGAAGAGGCUCCUCAGUGGUUGGAAAGUGAUUCUUGUCAGAAAUGUGAGCAGCCCUUUUUCUGGAAUAUUAAGCAGAUGUGGGACACGAAGACACUGGGGUUGAGACAGCAUCACUGCCGGAAGUGCGGGCAGGCUGUCUGUGGCAAGUGCAGCAGCAAGCGCUCCAGCUACCCCGUCAUGGGCUUCGAGUUCCAGGUCCGAGUCUGCGAUUCCUGCUACGACUCCAUCAAGGACGAGGAUCGGACAUCUCUAGCAACCUUCCACGAAGGAAAACAUAACAUCUCCCACAUGUCCAUGGACGUUGCUAGGGGCCUGAUGGUAACCUGUGGGACCGACCGCGUGGUGAAGAUUUGGGACAUGACGCCUGUGGUGGGCUGCAGUCUGGCCACCGGCUUCUCUCCACACUGA